AAAACAUACGAAAUUAUCUCUCGCGCUGCAAACUGGGUGUGCAUUGCAUCAAGGAUUGCUUGUUUGUUUGUCCGUGGGGAGAUGGAAAGAGGCGGGCGUUGUUAGUUGAUCAAAACAUCUCGCCAGUCCAGGAGUUCCUGUGCCAUUUCCGAUCCUGUUUUCGCAAAACAUGAGCGCUAAUAUUUCCGAUGAGGGGAAAAGUGAUCAUCCACAUGAAAGCGAUGUGCUUUUGGGGGCCAAACCGGUAGAAGACCCACCAAAGGACAAGCCUAUCGUAGAGAGUGAUGGAAUGUUUAGCGGUUUGAAUGGGCGUUUGGCCUUCGCCAUCGCGGCUGGAGCCUUUGGCUCGGCCUUUCAGCAUGGCUACAACACAGGCGUUCUUAACGCUCCACAGGCCCUCAUCAUGGCAUGGGUCCAGAAAUGCGAAAACCCCAACGCCACCCUGCCCAUAACACGCCCACCUUUCGAAAUCACAGACGGUGAACCGGGCGAAGUCUUAUGCGAAAUGUCGGAAACCGAAGUCACCCUCAUCUGGGCUUGGAUCGUGGCCAUCUUUUGCGUGGGAGGCAUGAUCGGUGGUUCUAUUGUGGGCGUGGUGGCCGGACGCUUGGGAAGAAAGGGUGGACUUCUACUUAACAAUGUCCUCGUUUUAUUGGCCGGUCUCUCCAUGAUCUCAGCCAAAUACCUGAACUCCUACGAGCUGAUCAUCAUUGGACGAUUCUUGAUCGGUGUCAAUUCGGGAUUGAACGCUGGUUUAGCUCCGAUGUAUUUGUCGGAAAUUUCCCCAACAUCCCUUCGAGGAGCUGUGGGAACGGUAUAUCAACUCAUCAUUACAAUCUCCAUUUUGCUCUCUCAAGUUUUGGGCAUGAAGAACAUCCUAGGAAACGAAGCCGGAUGGCCUUGGCUUUUGGGAUUGACGGUUGUUCCAGGCAUCCUUCAGGUCAUCUUUUUGCCCUUCUGUCCGGAAUCGCCCAAGUUCUUGCUUUUGGACCGAGACGAUCAGGAGCGCUCCAAUUCGGCUCUAACUUGGCUCCGUGGCCGAAUUGACGUUCACGAAGAGAUGGAUGAGAUGAGAGUCGAGCAAGAGAGCAUGAAGCUAGUCCCCAAAGUUACCCUUCUGGAGAUGGUAAAGAACAGCUCGCUCCGGCAACCUCUGAUCAUUGCUGUCAUGAUGAUGUUGGCCCAACAGCUCUCCGGAAUCAACGCCGCUAUCUUCUUCUCCACAUCGAUUUUCUUGUCGGCUGGUUUGGAUGAGUCCGCUUCGCAAUCCGCUACUUUGGCCAUGGGUGGGAUGAAUGUGGCCAUGACGGUGAUAUCCUUGAUCAUGAUUGAAAAGGCUGGACGAAAGACAUUGAUGAUCACCGGAUUGUGUGUGAUGUUCAUCACGACAACCCUCUUGUUGAUUUGUCUGGUCGUUGCUAAAUCUGUCCCAUGGCUCUCGUACGUGUCCAUUGUCAUGGUGAUUGGGUUCGUGGUAGGCUUUGCCACUGGCCCGGGAUCCAUCCCGUGGUUCUUCGUCACCGAGCUUUUCAACCAAUCCGGGCGACCCAUUGCCACUUCCAUUGCUGUGGCGGUCAAUUGGUCGGCCAACUUCUUGGUUGGCUUGGGAUUCGCACCCUUACAGCUGGCCAUUGGACCCUACGUAUUCAUCAUCUUUAUCAUCAUCCAAUUCUUCUUCAUCGCGUACGUGUGGUUUAAGGUGCCCGAAACAAAGAACCGAACCAUCGAGGAAAUCACGGCCCUUUUCCGAUAGAAUCUCCCAUCGACUUACACUCAAACCUGCAUAAAUACACGACAACAGUUCUAGCGCGAUGAUUUCUAGUGUAAUAACUACCACCACCACCAUUACAACUAUUACUACUACUACUACAACUAUUAGUACUACCACCAGUACAUUCAACAACAAACUGCUAUUACUACUCCUAUUGCUACUUGUUGUAAGAGGGAAGGAUAUAACAACUACUCAUUAUUUCUGUUCGAGCUCGUGGCCCCGAUUAUGAGUCUCCACAUCCAAUCCUUUCAAGCGUGCGUGGUUUAUGUACAUAAUGCUUGAGAUCCACCACACCUUGACCGAGAUUCCAUAUUGUUUUGCAUUUGGAAUGAGAUCCCUUUACUUAAUGUCAACAUCCGAUCUAAUCGAAAGUAACAAUUGAUCAAAAAGAGUUAUCCCUAAGGAAUUCAAUAGUGCUACCUACCUUACUAUCUACCUACAGUAAACCCUACUCCCAGUUCAUGAUGUAAAAGUGUUUACAGAUGCAGAUUGUUUGACGCGAUUUUAUCCAUCGAUGUAAGCUUGGAAAGAGCUUCCCAGAUUGAAAUAUAGAUGUCUUUGUAA